UAGUUUGGCUCCAUUAUCGAAACUUAGCCUUUUCGAAAACAUCGUCAUAAAAUGAAAAAAAGUGCACAAAGAAACCACACUUUAUUAAGCAUGAAAUCGAAUCGAAUCUUUUCACUUUCGACCAGACGUCAGCUUUGACUCGGAGUCAGUACGCAUGCCCCUGCUGAGCAAAUACAAACAGCAGGAAUAGCACUUAGCAGACUCAGUAUCCUAGUUAGCUUGGGCAAGCGCACGAAGCGGUGUGGGACCCAAGUAGGCUGUACAUGCAUUCAUAAUACUUAUUGCAACUAACUAUCGGCGGCUGCUCUAAAUGUUAUGUUUCUUGGCGAAAGGUGACUGAGAAUCGGCUGCGAUGUUUUAAUUUAUUACCUCAUAUCAAUGUGAAAAGUACAAAUUUUUGUUCAAUCGAUGGGAAUUGUCGUUUUGGGUGCUUGGAAGAUAAAUCGCGAGCCUAGAAAAUGUGCUGAACUCGGAACGUAAACAUUUCCGUAAAUAAAAGACUGCAAAAGACUGAAGUUUACUAAAUAAAAAAUACGAAAGUGUCGGGCGCGUGCAAGAACUUAACAUAAGAGACGCGUAAAACAAACACAGAAUUUUGACAGUGAAAGUGCGCCAGUGAAAGUUGACCCGAGUGGUGCCGCGGCUUUCCUCAUUGUUUUAAUUUUUAAUCAAAAAUGGAUUCCCCACAAAUGUACGACAAUCAACAACACCCGCAAACGAAUGCCAUUAUGACAAACAACGAAAAAAAAUCAGUCAUAAUCAACAAUAACAACAACCUAACGAAUCUAAACAACGCCAGUGGAAACACGAAGCAGGCGCUCAUAAAACAACACCAACUCCAACAGUAUCAACAGCACGGAGAACUCAGUGAUCUUAAUACGCCCGAAAUCUCUUUGGACUUGCAAAAUUUAAUAGACGAUUCGCAGUUUAACGAUGGUUUGUUAUCAGACAUUUUUCAAAAUCAAGUGCCGGGAAAACACCUACAAAGCCUUCAUCCGAGACAGGUAAUGGCAGGACUCCCUAACGUUGGUUAUCCACGUACAACGUUAGCGUACAUGCCACAACCUGUUCACAGUGGUGCUACGUAUUCCGGUAAUCAAAAUUCGAAUAGUGAUACGAACAGUUCCGGAGGUAGUGAUGUACCGUCGAUCAAGGAAGAGCCGAUCGAUCCGCAGGACUAUCGGCGACCAUGUAACGCGAACGUUAUGCCCAAUAAUGGUUACAUACAAGGACCUGCGUAUCCUGUGAGCGCCGGAGGGCCCACGUUCACAACCCUUACUCCAAGCACGGUCCUGCACCAUCAGCACUUGACGGCGAUGAAAACAAAGUCGAUGAUGAACCACCACGUGGCCAGAAAAACGGUGAAACCAUGUGAUAAAAACAGUGACGAAUACAGAAGACGAAGGGAAAGGAACAAUAUCGCCGUCAGAAAGAGCAGAGAGAAGGCCAAGGUCCGAACCAGGGAGACGGAAGAGAAAGUAAAAAUCCUUAUAAAAGAAAACGAAAGACUGCAGAAAAGGAUAGAACUACUAACAGAAGAACUGAACGUGCUAAGAAGUUUGUUUUCGAACGUAGGAGUGUUACCGGAACAUUUACAUCGAGAAAUCAACAAACACCUGGACGCUUUUCAACUUCAGCAGCAGCAACAUAUGUCCGAAGACAGAACGAGAGUGAUGGACAUCAUUAACGAAUAUGGACCUUAGUAAAUGCAGCAAGUUUGUUUAGUUAAUUAAUUAAUACGUUUUCUCCUUUUUUACUUGAAAGCUUUAAAAAUCGUAUUUAAGACUUGUCCUGCGAGCACUGUUGUGACAAACAUCAUUUUUUUAUAGUAGGCGUAUAAAUAAGUUUUGGACUAACGCAUACCACGUUGUGUGUCAAUAUUUGUCCCUCAGAUCUCCUAUUCGUACCGAAAAGUUGAUCCAGAUUUUAGGCAUUCGAAGAUAAAUCAUCAAAUGACGUGCUUUAUGUCCUUUAAGUGGAUCGUUUUCACGGGUAUUUAAUGUAUUUUAUUAAUUCCGUUCGUUGUUUGUGAUCCAGAUAUUUUGAGGACUAUAAAUGAUAAAUAUAUAAAACUCUAAAACCGAAGCUAUGUACCUUUUAACGUGUUAAGUAAUUUAGUAUAAUAUAUAUUUUUGUAAAGAUAUGAGUCGUUGUUAUAUCUUAGAGUUUUAUUGUAACAUAAAAUAUUCUGUAAAUUGUACCAUAGCGAAAAUGUAAUUUCCAAAGAGUUGUACUUGUAAAAAUGCCGUCUCACUAAGUUCUGGUGUAAUUUUUUACUACUUAAAUUCCUUUGUUUUUAUUUAAUAAACUGUUUCAGUUUA